AUGCCUUUGCAAGAGGACACAGCGCCACCAAGCGUGUCUGGAAAUGCAAAAUCUGAGCAAAAGCCAACCAGUCUAACGGAGACACCUAAUACAAAGAACGAGAAGGAAACGAAAGAUGGAGAAAAAGAUGUGGGCUCCCUACACUACUUUAUCCGUGUCCACUGGCAAUACUCGACCGCUCUGGACCACACUCUGCGAUUUGUUGGCUUCGCAGCUGCCAUUGGAUCGGGUGUCCUGCCUCCACUGAUGACGCUCCUCUUUGGCUCCUCAGUCAAUUAUUUCAACGACUUCGAAGAGGGUCGUAGGAGCGGGGACGACUUGUACGACAAAAUGACAGCGAACGCGCUGUGGUUGCUCUACCUAUUUAUCGGACGCUUUGUGCUUGUAUACGUACAUUCAACCUGCUUUAGCAUUAUUGGAAUACGCGUAACAAGUGCUUUACGACUCGACUUUAUUCGAUCUUUGAUGCGGCAAGAUGUGUCGUACAUCGACUCCUGCUCUUCUGGGACGAUUUCUUCUACCAUUUCGAACAACCCGGACAUGAUCGAAAACAGCAGCACGGAGAAGGUGGGCAGCUUGGUCCAGAAUCUGUCCAUGUUCAUCGCUGCAUUUGUUGUCGCUUUUACCCAGCAAUGGAAGCUCACACUUGUGACGGCUACGACACUGCCUGUUUUGUUCACCGGUUAUGCGAUAACUUUCGGCCUCGACGCGAAAAUAGAGGCGGAAAUCAUGGAAAUCUACAAUCAAGCGGCGGGGCUAGUUCAGGAAGCGCUCGGGUCGGUCCGCGUUGUAACUGCCUUCGGCGCUAGCGCCAAACUAAGUCGCAAAUACGACGCACCUCUGGCCAAAGCGCAAGCUCUCGGAUUUCGAAAGGGACCCGUCAUUGGUGGUCAAUGGAGCGUGGAAUUCUUUACCACUUACUGUGCAUACGCUCUGGCUUGGUAUUACGGAAUCAAACUUCUGAACAGAGGCGAAGCUGGAGAUGGCGGGCAAAUUAUUUCGGUUUUGCUCGCGGUCCUUCUUGGAACCACAGCGGCAUCCAACGUGGCCCCUGGUUUCGGCGAUUUCGCAAAAGGCUCUGCUGCUGCCCAAGGAAUGUUCGCGAUCAUCGAUCGUAAGUCCGAAAUAGAUGCGUUGGACGACUCUGGAAGACAGCCGCCUCAAUGUAACGGCUCUAUCGAACUGCACAGUGUCAGCUUUGCAUAUCCGUCACGACCCUCGGAACAGAUCUUGCGGGACUUUAGUCUCUCUUUUGAGGCUGGAAAAAUCACCGCUCUUGUAGGCUCAUCUGGCAGUGGCAAGAGUACCAUCGUCGGGUUGAUCGAGCGGUGGUUCGACCCGAACUCUGGCGACAUAUAUUUAGAUGGCCACAACAUCGCGGAACUGAAUCUAGGCUGGCUACGAGGACAAAUUGGCUUGGUUCAGCAGGAGCCUGUUCUCUUCAGCGAUACAAUCUUCAACAAUGUUGCCCACGGGCUUUACAGGACGCCAAUGGAGAAUCUGCCAGAAACCGAGAAACGUGAGCUUGUUCGACAAGCAUGCCAACAGGCGUUUGCGGACGAAUUCAUCCAGAAGCUACCUCAAAAAUACGAUACCAAAGUCGGAGAAAGCGGCGCUCUGCUGAGUGGGGGCCAAAAGCAGCGAAUCGCUAUAGCCCGAAGCAUCAUCUCCGAUCCGAAAAUCCUUCUACUGGACGAAGCCACUUCAGCGCUAGACCCCGAAGCGGAAAGCAAGGUUCAAGCCUCUUUAGACAAUGUGUCUAAGAAGCGAACAACUAUCUUGAUUGCUCAUAAGCUUGCUACCGUUCAGAAGGCCGACAAGAUCGUCGUGCUGAAUCGGGGGCAGGUCGUUGAACAAGGCACCCAUGAUCAAUUGCUUGAUCAUCAGGGGGCCUACUACGAACUUGUCCAUGCACAAACGCUAGAUAUCGACUCCGAAGAUUCCCCGACACCUUUGACUAUCGCUGUUUCCACGACAUCCGAAUUGGAAAAGCCAUCUUCAAGAGAAAUAGCCGUGUCUAAAUUGCCUGUAGUCGAGGAAGACGAGGAUCAUGACAUCUCACGGAAGCUUUCCUUGAUUAAAGUCCUUGGUGUUAUUUUCAAACAACAGCGAACAGCAUGGCCACUCUUUUUCUUCGGCAUAGUCUCUUCCACCAUCGGCGGUGGCAUGUUUCCUGGCCAAGCUAUCCUCUUUGGGUACAGCGUACAAACACUCCAGAUACAACCUAGUGACUACCUUGUUAGCCGAGGAAGUUUCUGGGCAUUGAUGUACUUUGUCUUUAGUCUCGGUAUCCUCAUUUGCUACCUGGGCGUCGGAUUCUUCUGGACUAUGGCUUCCAGCCACGCGUCCCGCUUCUAUCGUCGCGAGUAUCUCGACGCCAUGUUACGUCAAGAUGUGGCUUUCUUCGAUAUGCGAGGGCAUGGAGCUGCGGAAAUGACAAGUCGACUCUCCUUACACCCCGACGCAAUCCGGAGUAUGGUCAGUACCAACAUGGCCCUUAUCAUUAUCAUCUUUGUCGACGUCAUUGCAACCUCCAUCCUAGCAAUAGCUGUUGCUUGGAAGUUCGGUUUGGUUAUCGUAGUCGCAGGCAUGCCUACAUUGUUCUGUGCGGGAUACUUCCGCUUGCGCCUCGAGAUGGCAAACCACGACCGCCUGAAAGACAUGUACCUGGAAUGUGCCCGCUUCGCGUCCGAGGCUGUUAGCUCGAUUCGCACUGUUUCCAGCUUGACGCUUGAACAUAAGGUGCUUGGCUCCUUCCAGUCAAGACUUGAUGAGUGCUCAAAGCGAGAGUUCCGCAGCAAGAUGGUGACGAUGCUUGUCCAUGCCUUUGCUGAGAGUAUCAAUCUUGCUGUAACCAGCUUGGCAUUCUGGUAUGGAGGAAAGUUGUUGUCGCAAGGGGAAUACUCUCUACGCGACUUCUUCAUCGCAUUCAUGGCUGUUCUUAUAGGCUCUCAGACUGCGGGCAUCCUUUUCGGAUUUUCUUCUGAUGUGUCCAGAGCGCACGCGGCAGCGAACCAUAUCAUUGCUCUGCGAGAGUCUAGGCCCCCGAUCAAUACCUCGACCGGUAGUAAAAUCUCCAACACAGGAGGGAAGGCUCCAAUCAUCGAGUUCCGGGACGUGAACUUUGCAUACGCGAGUAGACCGAACCACAACGUUCUGAAAGGCUUGAAUCUUAGCAUCCAAAGAGGCCAAUCCAUCGGCAUAGUGGGCGCUUCAGGCUGUGGCAAGAGCACUAUCAUCGCCCUGCUAGAGCGUUUCUAUGAUGUAACCUCAGGCCAGCUCCUGGUUGGCGGCACACCGCUGUCGCAGCUAGACGUACACCAUCAUCGUUCCAACAUCGGCUUGGUAUCGCAAGAUACUAUGCUUUUCCAAGGCACCAUACGGGAGAAUGUCCUCCUUGGUCUCCGCGAUGAAGAGCAAGAUGAAGCCACCGCCAGCGAACGCGUGGAACGCGCCUGCCGGUCGGCUAACAUGCACGAGUUCAUCCUCAGUCUCCCCGACGGAUACUUGACCGAUAUCGGAAACCGCGGCGUAGCGCUCAGUGGUGGGCAACGGCAGCGUCUUGCAAUCGCGCGGGCGCUGAUCCGCGAGCCAGAUCUGUUGUUGUUUGAUGAAGCAACCAGCGCGUUGGAUACAACGAAUGAAGCGCUGGUACAGCAGGCCAUCGAGUUGGUUGCUCAGGAACAACCAGACAGAACAACAAUUGCAGUUGCGCAUCGGUUGUCGACGAUUAAGAGGUGUGACUGUAUCUUUGUACUACACGAAGGACAGGUGGAUGAGCAGGGUACGCAUGAGGAGCUUGUCAGGAAGCGUGGUAGGUAUUAUGCUAUGGUCUUAGCGCAGUCGCUAGAUCGAGAGACAUGAUUGUCUUCGGUACCAACGUGGGUGUGUAGCGAGCUGCUUAGCAAGCGAGUCGUUACUUUUGUUGACACCCUAUUAAAAUUUGACCUACGAUUGGGCAAAGUACUAGACUUUAAUACUGUACAGUAGACUAUAGAGCAUAUUAUUUCGAGACCUUCCUCUUAUUCUACUUAUGCAUCUGGAAAGUACCUAUCGCCA